AGUUGAAAUAAUUCUGAAAUGCUUCCAGAAUUCACUUCCAGCGACUUUGUUCACCGAAUAUAGACGUAGCUUUUUUUUUUGCUGCUCUCCGGUGCAACCACGUGGCACAAGGAAGUAAUGUCCGACUUGAAACUGUAGCCAUACAAUCUCCAUCUCGCUGGACGAGUUGAGAUUACUCUGUGUUCAACCAAACACUCUAACGGAUACGAAGAAGACCGCCGAGCAAUUCGCAUCUUCAUCCGUUUGCCUACAGAAGUGAAGAGAUUAAAGAUUUCUCUUCCAUCUUCAAUCAAGUCGACAUUUCUGAGUUCUCCACCAGCCCACCGAGAAUCAACAGCCGUACCGCCCGCCGACAGAGCGAGGAAACGGCUUCCCGUCAUCACCCGAGCCUCAAGGAACUGGGUCAAAGUUAAAAGACGGAGGAAAACACAUUCUACCUGUGUCCUCAUGUGAUUCAAUUAUGCUGCUGGAUACUACUGAGUCUACCGCUGAACUGGGUUGGACAACGUAUCCUGACACAGGGUGGGACGAGGUGAGUGUGUUAGACGACAAAGGGAAACUCAUGCGUACCUUUGAAGUCUGCAAUGUCAAUCAGAACCCUCGUCUCCAAGACAACUGGCUGGCCACACCCUUCCUGUAUCGGCAGUCAGCUCCACGGAUCUUUGUGACUCUACGUUUCUCAGUCCGCGACUGUGCCAGUCUACGUUCCCCCUCCCCAACAUGCAGGGAGACACUGACACUGUACUACAAACAGGCUGACUCCCAGAGAGAGCUCAAGAGAACCUGGGCAGCUGAGCCUUCUAGUGGGGAUUCGAGAGAGGGCUGGGUGAAGAUCGACACAAUCGCAGCAGACAAGAGUUUCAGCCGUGUGGAGCCCAGUCUACCUCACCAGUACAAAUCUGAAAGCACACGGCGCAUCAACGUCAAAACCCGCAGCUUUGCUCCUCUCACACGCAAAGGGUUUGUGUUAGCAAUAGUAGACAGUGGAGCAUGUGUAUCGCUCAUGGGUGUUUCAAUAUUUUAUCGCCGCUGCCCAGCUACAAGUAGCUACCUGGCCAUCUACCCAGCCACACCCUCAGGUGCGGAGCCAACUUCUCUGGUUCCAGUGACUGGGACUUGUGUACCUCAUAGCCAAUCACAGGGUGGAACAGCACCAAGAAUGCAUUGUAACACCGAAGGUGAAUGGCUGGUUCCUGUUGGAGGAUGUAUGUGUGACGUGGGAUAUGAGCCCAACCAUAAUGGCUCAGCCUGUCUGGCAUGCCAGAUUGGGUUCUAUAAAGCAGUUGCAGGCUCAAUUUCAUGCACAGAGUGCCCGGCUAACAGCAGAACCAGCUCAGACGGCUCGAAACUUUGCGAAUGUCGGAGUGGAUUCUACCGAGCACAAACUGAUGCCAACACCACUGCCUGCACAAGCCCUCCGUCAGCACCGGUGUCUCUAUCCUGGGAGUAUGAGAGUUCAGAGGGUGGGGUGUCGCUACGUUGGAGACCUCCCAAGGACAUGGGGGGUCGGAGUGAAGUGUGGUAUGGGGUGGUGUGUCGAAUCUGCCCUUCUGCCACUAACACCCCACCCAGCAUGUGCUCCUGGUGUGGAGAGACAGUCACUUUUUCCCCUGCUCAAAAUGGCUUAAAACAGACAAAGGUCACCCUCAAAAACCUGCUCACUAGAGUCACCUACCUCAUACAGAUUCAAGCAAUAAAUGAAGUGUCAGCACUGAGUCCGUUUCCACCUCAGUUUUCCAGCAUCAACUUCACCACCAGCCAAUCAGUGCCUUCUGAGGUUCCAAUGCUGCACCAGUUGAGCAGAGUUCAAGACUCCAUCACCCUGUCCUGGCCUCAGCCUGACCGGCCGAAUGGUGACAUCUUGGAAUACCAGCUCCGAUACUACGACAAGGGUUCUGAUGAGGACAGUGCAAUGAAUGUGUUCAGUGAAACUAACACAGUGACAGUUGGAAGUCUGAUUCCAGGCUCCAUCUACGCUUUCCAGAUCCGUGCUCGAAAUGAGAGAGGCUACGGACCCUACAGCCACACUAUUUACUUCAGCACUCUUGCACUAGAGGAGCUCUCCAAACAAAUUCAAAAUCGGCUGCCUCUUAUGAUUGGAUCAGUGAUGGGUGGAGUAGCAUUUCUAUUGGUAGUGAUAGCAAUCAUCAUCGUGCUUGUGUUUCGAGGUAAAAGGCGAGAGAGCCCAUAUAGUGAUAGACUUCAGAGAUACAUCAGCAACAGAGGUGGGGUGAAAUAUUACGUGGACCCCUCCACUUACGAGGACCCCAGUGAGGCCGUCAAAGAAUUUGCACGUGAAAUCGAUCCUGCUCACUUAAAAAUUGAAGAGGUCAUUGGUGCUGCUCAGUUUGGGGAGGUGUCCCGUGGCUGGUACAGGCCUCUAGGUCGUAGAGAAGUGCUGAUUGCAGUUAAGACUUUGCGUUGGGGAGUGACAGACCGUGAGAAGAAUGUGUUCCUCAGUGAGGCAGGAGUCCUUGGCCAGUUUGAUCACCCCAAUGUUCUGAAACUAGAGGGGGUGAUCACUCGCAGCCCUCCUGAACGCAUUAUCACGGAGUUCAUGGAGAAUGGCCCACUUGAUGCCUUUAUCAGGGAAAACGAGGAUCAGUUCAGCGUGUUGCAGCUGGUUGGUAUGGUGAGAGGUGUUGGAGCUGGUAUGUGCUAUCUUUCAAAGCGGAAUUUUGUCCAUCGUGAUCUCGCUGCCCGGAAUGUACUGGUGAAUUCAAACCUGGUGUGUAAAGUGUCUGACUUUGGCCUGUCGCGAUUAAUGAGGGGUCUGGACCACAACAUGCCCACCUACACCGCUUCAUUGGGCAGUAAAAUCCCUGUGCGGUGGACAGCUCCUGAAGCUUUCCAGCAUCGUAAAUUCAGUUCAGCCAGUGAUGUCUGGAGCUUUGGGAUACUCAUGUGGGAGGUCAUGUCAUAUGGAGAACGUCCAUACUGGGACAUGAGCAACCAAGAGGUGAUGAAGGCAGUGACUGAUCAGUACCGCUUGCCUGCUCCAAACGGUUGUCCUCCUGCUCUUCACGGCCUUAUGCUGCAGUGCUGGCAGGGUGACAGGCAGGACCGACCAGGCUUUGAUUCUCUCUUGUCAUCCAUCGACCGUCUCAUACGACACCCCGCCUCCCUGAAGGCCGAGCACAUCCGUCCCACUCAGCCACUUCUUAGCCCCACCCCUACUGACCUCUCAUCAGUGGUAACAGUCGGGGAUUGGCUGACGACUCUAAAGAUGGACCGGUAUAAGGAUGUAUUUGAGAGGGCACAGUACCACAGUUUGGAAAGAGUGAGCAUGCUCACAAUGGAGGAUGUGCAAGUUCUAGGAGUGAAUUUGCUUGGUCAUCAGCGAAAGAUCGUAAAUGCAGCACAGCAGCUCAGGACACACCUCACUCAGGGACAUGUGGAGGUCUAAGGCUCCCCAAUUUGUGUUGACACAGCAGUGCAUGCUGAAGGAUGUAGUCCCCAGCGUGUGGCAGCUAGCAGAGGUGCAGGAACACUGGAAUAAAAAGAGAGAGAAUCAGGAAGAGACAAGUAGCUGAGAAAAAAAGAAGAGCGUUUUAUUUUUACUUAUUUGCCCAUCUGUCCCGCCCUUCCUUGCUGAACUGUUGUCUUCCAUAUCAGUCUUUCACUUUCUUCCUUAUUCAAUGUUGCACUACCUCACUUAUUAGUUCAUUACUUGAUGGCAUUCAGUAUGAACUUGCGCCUUAAACACACAAAAAAAGAAAGAUCUUUUCACAAUCAGUUGCAAGGACAAUCAAAGACUUUGAAUGGAUAGUAACUGACUUUUGUCUUUGUGGCACUUUUGGUCAAUGACACUAGAUGUUUUUUUUAUUAACUACUGUAUACAGCCAGACAAUACUCUCAUUGGUUGCAACAUGAAAACCCCAUAAAACCACCUAAAGGCUCUCAGCUUCUGGACUGAUGUAUAAUAUCAUACAAUAGUUAUUAUAGCAUGAUACACAAACAUUGUCAAGUUUGUAUUUGCAAUCUCACACUACAGCCACAGUAGUUCACUGCUUACCUAAGACUACAGGGGCCAUUCAGACCAAAUGUGUUCUGGUGAAAAAAAAAAAAAAAAAAAAAAAAAACCUUGGUACAUCAGUGCAACAAACAGAACACAACGCAAGUGUUUUGAGGUCAAAGAUGUCUGUCUAGUGCAUGUGUAGAGAGGAAAAUAAUUGAAACAGUGCAAACAUCUUUAUAUAAAAAAAAAAAAAAAAAAAAAAAAAAAAAAACCAUUCGGUGUGAACAGUCUCUAAGACCUAUGACAUUGAAUGUGAUGUGAGGUCUUGAAAAGGCGUCAAGUCACAAUCUGUGCUGCUGUGAGCCCAUUCCUAAGAACAUUUCCCUUCACCAAUCUGAAAAUGUGUCCACUAGUGGGCAAUUCCCUCUUCCCAUGAUACAUCCUGUUCAUGACUAUCUCAUCCCAUUAAUGAUGUAGCAUAGAGUCACACUUUAAUACAUGAACAUUGUAAAGUAGUGUUGCAGUAAAUUGCUGGCUGAAGUUAAAGAGAUGCACUUGUGUAUAUUUUAGGUGUGUGUGUGUCUGUGUAACAGACUUGCAAUGAACUGAUGAAAGAAUCUAUGUGGUGCUGCUAAAGUAAAUAAAAAAAGGGUGUGCUUGGGGGGGGGGGGGGUCGUAGUUGUAUAUUUGGAUCUGUUUCAUUGUACAGUUGUUCACCAUUAUUCCACUAUUGUGCAAAUUUGUAAAAUAUACAAGAUUUUGUUUAAAGAUGACUACUGUGUGAUAUGUACUGCACAUUUUUUUUAAUAAUCAUAAGUUAAAUAAAAAUGUAAUGUGCCGAGAGUGCCUUAAUGCACAAAGGAUUCUGUCCACAUCAUCACACUGUUGUAGUUCUACUGUAUUCUUCUUAUCUCCCAUAAAUAGCUGAGAGUCUGCAAAGUGUCAUGUAUCAGACACAGAUCAGUGUGAGUCAACUUUACUUGGAAGUGGACAUACAGUAGAUUCUCUUCAGAUUAAUGAUUUUUUCUUGACUCACAUAAAUGAACACCAUAAAACAAAAUAUAUAUAUAUAUUAUAUAUACACACACACACACACACACACACACACACACACACACACACACACACACAGAAUCAGUCUCAACCCCCACUAUUACCCCUCCCAAUC